AGGCAAACAACGUUGCUAUGGUUACCAAGAACUACAAACUUAGUGUAGUGGGCCUUGUAGUCCUGAAAUGCUUUGUUGACGCGACAGUUAGCCUAGAAAACUGGUUAAUUUAAUACAUUACCCAGAAUCCUACGCGAUCCAACUCUGUGGCAGUUAUGUGUACGGGUCUUGCGCUGUGCGAGGGCUCUUUGUGACGACUUCUAGACACUUUUUGUUGAUAUAAAAACUGUAAACUGUUGGCUUUUGUAGCUGAGGACAGACGAGGACGUUGUUUGGGAUUACAUUAUAGUAACUAAACAGAUUAUGACAGCCCCAGGUCACAAUCCUCACCUGUUCAGGUGGAGGAGGCUCGGCAAGAGUAAAACAUCUGCAGACAAGACGCAUGCGAAGAAUGGUGAUAUCGAUCAGUGGAGGAAGCGCGUGGAGGUGGCUUCAGAGUUUGCUGUAUCUGAAGUCUUCCCCCACAAGAAACCUCAUUCAGGAACCAGCCUGGCUGUACCUUUGCAAAGCUCUGAACAGUUAAGAGAUCAUGAUGACGCCUACAGUGAAGCUCAGGCUCUUCUUGGGGAUUGGCUGAGCAGUAAAUUGCGGCUGGAGCUGGAGGUGGAGGAGGAAGAUGACCUGAUGUGCUCCGGGGAGAGGAGAAGCCCUGCUGCACUGGCUAGUGCUCAGCCUGCCAGCCUUAACUACAGCAACUUUGAUGAUCUGUACAACUGCCUGGCCGAGGAGGAAGAGCAAAGUGCUGUCAACAGCUUCCUACAAGACCUGAUGGAGCAAGAGGUGUUGGACUCUGGGGUGAUGGAGGAACUGGCGCUGGAUGUUGGACAAACAAGGAAGAAGUUGAGAAAUCCGAUUGUCACCAUGGAAGCAAGACACCUUCAGGUGCGAGAGAACAGAGCGAGGCGGGAGGCUGAGACGCAGAGGCGACAGAGAGAGGGGGAGGAUCGGCGCGGUGCCAGAGAGGAAGCAAAGAGGAGGGAGCGUGACGAGGAGACGAGGAAGAAGCAGCAGGCACGUAGACGGGAGGAGAUGGUGCAGCAGGAGAUGGUGAGGCUGCGUCGGCAGAUGGAGGAGAGGAGAGGCCUGGAGCAGCUGGUUCGACAGAGGGAAAAGGAGAGAGUGGAAGGGCAGUCAGCUCCUCCAGCGCCUACAGAACAGCAGCAGCAGGUCACAGAGCGACUUUAUAAAGAACAGAAACUCCAAGCAAAGCUUCACGUGGGGAAUCUCAAGUGUCUGCAGAGGCAUUUCUCUGGAUGGUAUUCCGUGGUGUUGGACCGAAGGCUACGUUUAGGUAAAGCCACGGCGCUCUGUGACUGGAAGCGGCAGCUGAAAGCCUGGCGAGCGUGGCGGGCAGUGAUGUGGGCAGAGCAACAGCAGCGAGAGGUUGCGAGAACAGCGGAGGAUCUACGAGCUGAAAACAGACGAUGCCAGCUGGCUCUGGAGAGUGACCGAAGGCGGUUGCUGCGGCGAUGUCUGAAUGAGUGGCAGCUAUGGUGUCGGAUGGAGAAGGAAAAGCGAGAGCUUUUGGCCCUGCAGCAGGAGACCCGGUGCAAGAUAGCCUCCUUAAUUAAGGCUGCAUCAACAGGCAAACUCAAGGCCACUGCAACCCCAACUUCUCAGCCAAUUAUGGCCUCGUCUGAGAAAUGUAAGCAGCCAGAGACCACAGACAGGGAAGAUCACCACAGCUCAAGCCCUUUGGCCCCCGACGCCUCUGCAGUACAUCAGAAGAAGACCCCUGCGGGCGCUGUGGCCCAGCCCACCGAGCCGUGGCAGGUGACCCGACGCCAUGCGGCACCGACUGCCGCUGAGCUCAACUGGGCCAGCAGAGAGGAUGAGGGCGGCGGCUUUACCUGUUCGACAAGCACAGCGUCGCCGGGCAGCAGGUUUGAGAACAGACACGCCGUCCAGCAGCAGAUCAUCACGCAGCAGAGGAAGCUGUUGAAGGAGCAGCAAGAGCAGAUCGCACGGCUGAACGACAAGCAGAGCGUGAUGGGGUUGGAACUGGAAAUGGAGAAAAUCACACAGCUCACGCAGAUAUCAAUGCCAAGAGGCUCGAGACCAAAGAGCCGCAACUCUGAGCCCACAGAGCAGAGGGCACCGAAGAUUAAUGGAGAACCUGUCAGCCUAUGUGCACCUCCAAGGAAAGCUGUCACACAUCAGACACGGCCCCAUCAUAUCCUCACAGCCAUGGAGCUCCGUGCACGUCAACGCUCAGAGCGAAGGAAGGAAAUCGAGGAACUCAGGAAGGAGAAGGAAGAGGAAAAACUGGCUGAGCUGAAAGCCGCUGAGGAGCAGAGGCAGAGGGAGGUGGAGGAGGAGAAACGCAAAGCAGUGGGAAAGAAGAGGGAGGAGAAAAGGCAGGAAAGAGAGAGAGAAGAGGAAAAACAGAAGCAACUGCACAGGCAACAGGAGCUCCUGAAGCUCGCCCGUCAACACUACCACAGAAACCUGCUGCUAAGGCGAGGCCUGGCGCCAUGGGGACGCCUCAUUCAGCUCAGACAAGCCAACACACAGCUGGCUGAGCGUCAUCACAAUCUCUUCCUCCUGAGGCGGUGCACACGAGGCUGGCAGCAAUCAGCAAGAGAGUCCAUGUCUGCGAAAGAAGUUUUUGUUGACCAACUGCACCAGCACUUUUUGCUUCGGAGGAGCUUAAACUGCUGGAAAAGACUAAAGGACUGGCGGAAGAUUCAAGAGGACAUGGCCGAGCGUUUCUAUCGCACUCGCACUCUGAGGAGGUUUCUGCCGGCCCUGCUGGACCAUGCGACCCAGGAGAGGCUAGUGGACUGGGACCGCCAGGCGCUGGCUCAGGAGCACAAUAACAGACGGGUGCUGCGGCGAUGUUUGCUGGCCUGGAGGCAGCUUCCUUGUCUGCUGCGCAAUGAAAGAGUGAGGGACGAGCGGCGGGAGAAGCUGGGACGGAGAGUGACUGAGGUGCUCCCUGACUUCUGCUCCAAUCCACUGUGAAGCCUGUGGGAGAAACCGACACUGCACACCCACAAGCAUGGCUCUGGAGAGGACACACAUACUAACACAAAAUGAAUACACAUGCACCUUUCUCACAGUCAUUUAAUAAAAAUACAUUCAUACAAGUAGAACUGGACUUAUACAACUUUGAAGGGCUUUUUGGAGGAAAGCAGCGAUAGUGGAAAACUUCUCAAGGUGACAUUAAUGUGCUUUGGUUUAUUUGCUCUUUCAUAUUCCCAGAGCCGUUUAAUUUAGGAAUCAGUUUAUCAGGAUGCAUGUAGCUGCUCAUAAAUUCAUAACUAUCCAAUAAUUCAUUGUGAUUAAUGCAAUGACAAGCUG